GCCUACCGCCGCCGCCGGUCCCCGACAACAGCCGCCGCCGCCACCGACGACGACGACGACGACGACGAUUUGCGCGCGCGGACGACGUCGUUCCGUUUGGCGCUUUAGUCGUUUAUCAGACAUUGGCCGAUCUCUUCCCCCCUCUGCUCCACCUCUUCGCCGCCGUCGAUCAUUAUCCCGCGCCGUUGACGGGGACGUCCCUCCGCGUGUACAAUGACAGCCGGCCGGUCGAGACGCGUCUAACACGAAAUCAUUCGAUCGUCAGACUCGCGCCGUUUCGGGCACCGGAAACCCGCGACUCCCGUGGUCCGGUCCAUCGGUCAUUUAUUUUAUUCGCACACGCUCUUUCGACGAGACAAUCGCCGGAAAAAGUCGAUCGCGUCGACGGCCCGCCGUCCGGUAAUCGUUUUUUCCAAUCUUUUUCGUUCGCCGCGAUCAUGGCCGUCAACGGUACCGACGCCAACAAGGUGACCGUCGUUCUGGGCGCCCAGUGGGGCGACGAGGGCAAAGGCAAGGUGGUCGAUAUGUUAGCCACCGACGCGGACCUCGUGUGCAGGUGUCAGGGAGGAAACAAUGCAGGCCAUACUGUUGUUGUGGAUAAUAAGGAAUUUGAUUUUCACUUAUUGCCUAGUGGAAUUAUAAAUCCAAAUUGCAAAUCUGUUAUUGGUAAUGGAGUUGUUAUCCAUCUCCCAGGAUUAUUCGAUGAGUGCAGUAAAAAUGAAAAAAAAGGGCUAUUGGACUGGAAGAAACGAUUGUUGAUUUCUGAUCGUGCUCAUCUUGUGUUUGAUUUCCAUCAGCAAGUGGAUGGGCUCCAAGAAAUGGAAAAGGGUAAAAAGUCUUUGGGAACUACGAAGAAAGGUAUUGGGCCAACUUAUGCUUCUAAGGCUACUAGAAAUGGUCUAAGAUUAGCAGAUUUACUUGGAGAUUUCAACAUGUUUAAAGAAAAGUUUUACAAUUUGGUCGAUAUACAUAAACGAAUGUUUCCAUUACUAGAAGUUGAUACAGAAGAAGAACUAAAGAAAUAUGAAUAUUAUGCUAAUGAAUUAAGACCAUUAGUAGUGGAAACUGUUGGAUAUUUGCAUUCCGCAUUAAAAGAAGGAAAACGAAUUUUGGUGGAAGGUGCCAAUGCAGCGAUGUUAGACAUUGAUUUUGGUACAUAUCCAUAUGUAACAUCGUCAAAUUGUAGUAUUGGUGGUGUUUGUACUGGUCUUGGUUUACCUCCAUCAAGAAUUGGUGAUGUUAUUGGAGUUGUCAAAGCAUAUACUACAAGAGUUGGCGAUGGGCCAUUCCCAACAGAGUUAUUUGAUGAUGUUGGUGACAAGCUACAGACGAUUGGAAAUGAAAUUGGUGUUACAACUAAGCGCAAGCGUCGUUGUGGAUGGUUGGAUAUACCACUUCUAAAAUAUACUUCGAUGGUCAAUGGAUAUACUAAAAUUUGUUUGACCAAACUUGACAUAUUGGAUACUUUUGAUGAAGUAAAAAUUGGAGUAGAAUAUCAGUUGAAUGGAAAGGCGCUCAAUUAUUAUCCGUCCAGUUUAUUUGAACUUUCUUCUGUUGAAGUUAAAUAUUUAACUUUGCCGGGUUGGAAAACUAAUAUUAGUGGCAUAAGGCACUUCAAUGACUUACCAGAAAAUGCAAGAAAAUUUGUGUAUACUAUCACAGAACUCCUUGAUGUACCAGUUAAAUGGGUUGGAGUUGGCCAAGGAAGAGAAUCAAUGAUUAAUGUUGAUAAUUGAUCUUUUUUUCUUUUUUUAAAUAUUCACUGAAUAAGCUUAAUUUUAUCAAGUUAUUACUCAAGUUGGUAAAUGUUAAGGCACAAAUUACGUUUUUUAUGCUCUUAAAUUUCAACUGUUGAAUUGUAUACAAUUAUUAUACAAUUAAAAUAUACUUCCUUUAAACUUCAACUUUUAUCAAACUAGUUAACAAGACCAGAACUUGGACCGGAUAAAUAAUACAAACAAUAAAAUCAGAAUUUAAUUUAUAUUUAAAAUGUAUGUGUAUUUGGAGUUAAGUUCAAAAUUACAAUUUAGAUAACAUAAAAUGUGGUAUAAUAAUGGCUUGAAUACUUAUAAACAAAAUUAUAAUACAUAAAAAUCAGAAUAAGUGUUUCUAUUUUUAUUUUAAAUUAAUAACCAUUGUGUAUUGUUAUUGUUUCAAUUAAAUAAUGUUGCACUUAAUAUUAUUUUCUCCGAUGAAAAUUUUAAUUGGAAAAAUUUUUCUGGUAAUAAAUAUUUUUUAAUAUAUUUUUUUUUAUAAUUGUAAAUACGUCUAUUGUUUUCCAUGUUGUUACAUUGUUAAACAUAUUUAAAAAAAAAAAAAAAUAUUUCGUUGAAUUUUAUGAUGUAUACUUAAAAACACCAUUAAACAUUUUACCACACCUGUA